GCCGCAAUAAACGUAACACUGUAAACAUUCCGGAGCUGUCACAACUUAAAGUAACAGAAGAAAUCAAACAAAUAAUAAGAUGGGUGAGGUUUCUGCAGAAGGCCUCACCUUGCAUCUGCUGAGGGAAGCCAGGGAGAUGGUGAGAAGCAGUCCCUUGGGUGUCAUCAACACUCCCAUGAUCCCCUGGUUCCAGACAACUCUGCCUCUCAACAGCCACUGCAACAUCCACAUCAAAUUGGAAAACAUGCAGAGAACUGGGUCGUUCAAGAUCAGAGGAGUGGCAAAUCAGUUUGCCAGGAGACCGGAAGGAGGUCAUUUUGUCACAAUGUCUGCUGGGAACUAUGGGAAGUCUUUUGCGUACGCCUCAAAACACUAUGGUUCAAAGGGCAAAGUGGUGAUGCCGGAAACAGCCCCCGUGUCCAGAUCCAUCCUCAUACAGAGUUUUGGGGUGGAGGUGGAGCGAGUUCCUACCACUUGUCUGAGGAAUGUGGUGAACCGCUGUGUUCAGAAGGAGAACAUGACCUUCCUGCACUCCUAUGAUGACCUGGAUCUAAUAGCAGGACAUGCCAGCCUAGGUAUGGAGAUUCUGGAGGUGAUGCCUGAGCCUGAUGUGGUGGUGGUGUGCUGUGGUGGAGGGGGACUGCUGGCAGGUGUAGCUGCUGCCAUCAAACUGUCAGGCUGUGAUAAGACCAGAAUCUACGGCGUGGAACCAGAAGGAGCCUGCACCAUGUACAAAAGUUUCAUUGAGAAGAAGCCAGUGGGCAUGGAAGCCAGGAGCAUUGCCUCAGGACUUGCACCACCUUUUGCAGGCACACUGCCCUUUGAGUUGUGUCAGCGUUACGUGGAGGAGAUUGUCCUUAUCAACGAUGAAGAGAUCAAGGCGGCCGUGUCCACCCUCUACCGGUCUGGACUUGUGGUGGAACCGUCGGGCUCUGCUGCAUUCGCUGCCAUCGUUAACAGCAAGAUACCCGAGCUAGAGGGGAAGAACGUGGUGUGCAUCCUCAGUGGAGGCAACAUCGGAAAAGACGAGCUUGCCAACUUUCCAGACUAACAAAUAUGCACUGCUAUAAUGUAACGUUUCUUAGUAACACUGUGAAGAUGAAAAACUAUUCAGGUCAAAAUUAUAUCAGUGUGUUGUCACGGAAUACUUGUUAGGGAAGUGCAGAUGAAUCAUGAUGAAAUGAACAUUGACUUUCAACAUUCAUUUUCUGUAAUUAAACUCUCUUGAUGAGCAUUUUAAGUGCCAUAAUGUCAAGUCAAUCACUAUUCAUUGCAUUUCAAUCUAAUUUUGUUUGUUCCAGUGUGUAAAACUAUAGUCUGCUUUAAUAAACACCUCCUGUAAAUCU